GCAGCAAUUACAGCAGCAUUAACUACUGUCAGAGGAAGUGGCUGACGGUUUUCUACUGCAGAAUGAAUUCAAAGUCACAAACACCAUUUGCAGAAACGCAAUUCAUAGCUAAUGAACCCGGCCCCUGGUCAAAAGAGGAAAAGGAAGUCUAUCAGCAGGACUGGCUUCAUAUAAAUAUCUCUUAGACAGAGACACCACCUUGGCUGUUCAGGCAUGAUUCACUUUGAGGACGUUCUAAGCAAAGUGAGGAGGACACUUGGCAGUGCUUCCUCAGGGGAGAUCCAGGGCUUCCUCGCAGACCUACUGAAGGCGGAGAUCCUUUCCAAGGACUACUACCUGUGUCUCUCCAAGGAGAAGGAUGCUGAGGACCUGGCCAGGAGGAUAUCCCUGCCCGUGUGGGAAAAAUGGAAUGUUUGCCACAGCACUAUACAGUCUGUCCUCACCAAACUGCCCAACCGCAGGACAAAGGGGACAACCAGCUCCACCAGUGCCAGGACUCAGGGGACAGCCAUGGAGACUCUGGUGCCGGCCGAGCUGGAGCUGCUGCACUCUGACUCCCUCUUGCCUCUGGAAGAGCUGUACCUGUCUUCAGAUGACUCUUUCCCCACAGAUGACGAUGGCAAUCAGUUGUCUUUGGAGUCUUCCAAUCUCCUCGGAUUGCUGUGCUCACCCUUUGACGCUGAGCUUGAGUGCUGCUACUCUCCGAGCUCCCAGCCCUUGGAAGACCGAGAGAAUAUUGAGAGGAUUCUCAGGUUUCUGCAGGAUGACCAACCAGAGAUUUUGACAGGUGAAACUGAGAUGAGAGCGACAACGCCAGAAGCUACAGGUUUGGACACAAUAAGCCAGGAAACAAAAGUAAAAAAGACAAACUGUGAAAAGAGAGAUCACAAUUCUACUGGAAUCAUUUCUGACGAUUCACCCAAGCUAAAACGUAGAAGAGAUCCCAGACACUGUCGGAGGACACCGAAACUGAACAAGAGAAAUAAAAAAUGUCUUGAAGUCACAAACAGUCUGCCAAAUAAAGGUAUCAGUCCUCCAGCAGUGAGCACCUGUAGCUUAAUGACCUUGCCGGCUGCUCAGGGAGUCUUGCAGAUAAAUUCAAGCCCAGUUCCUCAGGUUCUGCAGUUUUCUAUCCCUGCAAAUGGAAGUCCAACACUUAUUGCACACUGCACUAGCAGCUUUGUGAUGAACAAUGCUGCAGUCCAGGUUUACCCUUCUUUCCCACAACACAUAAUCGCCACACCGCACACCUCUCCUGUAGGCAGCUCUGUCAAUUCAAGAGGACCCACCUUUGUGCUAGUGCCUCCUGUGUCACUCACUUCAUCUCAGCCUCAGGCUUCUCCGAGCUCCCCAGCUCCAGGGUCAGUUGUGGGCCCAGAGAGUGUGAACCAGACCUCUGUUAUCUCCUCUGCUGAUUCCAUAAGCACUCUUUCUCCAGCAUCAGUCUCCUCCCCGGCUUCUACAGCAGAUACUGGAAUGUCACCCCACAAAGGAUCAACAGCUCCUCCCCUUCAGUCUUCUCAGUGUUCUGAAAUGCCCAAGUGUGUUGAAGACUAUAUUGCAACAGCAAAGGCCUUCAUGUAUGACAACUGCCAGUUAAUGGCCAUUGAGAAUGAAGUAGCUCUGGACUCCCUUUACAUUGAUGUGCCUUUGGUGCAGAGACAGAUUAAGACCAGAACAGGAAAGCACGUCAACAAAUACCAGGAAAAGGAACUCCUACUUUUUGACAUGGCAGAGAGAAGGAAAUUUGAAAUAAAGAGAAGCCAGUUGUUUGAGGAAGCAGGACAGAAACCAAAAGAGUUGAUUGCUUUGCUAGGGAAAGCUGGAAUGGGCAAGAGCACCUUCAUCCAGAAGCUGUGCCUGGACUGGUCAAAGGGAGACUUCCAGCACUUUGAGCUGGUCUUCUUUUUUGAGACCAAGAAGUUGAAUCUGCCGGACCAAACAUACAGCCUGAAGAACCUGCUGUUCGAUAUCUUUCCUGCGCCACCUCCCAGAAAUGUCGACGAAGUCUUCAGAUACAUACUCUCCAACCCACAGAAAGUUCUGAUCAUAUUUGAUGGAUUUGACGAUUUUCAGGACUCUGAAGGUCUUUUACAAUGCCCUGCUACCAGUUCCACAAAAGAUGUUUACACCAUUAAGCAGUUGUUUUCAGGUCUGUUCCAGAAGAAGCUGAUUGUUGGCAGCACAAUAUUAAUUGCUGCCAGGCCUAAAGAAGUUUUGAACCAGUUUUUAGGCAAAGUAGAUAAAAUCGUUGAGUUAUGUGGUUUCUCAGAAGAGGAAAUACAACUUUACACAGAGAGGUAUUUUAAGGAUACUUCAUGCUACGACUGGGCUUGGACAAAAGUAAGGAACCACAACUUUCUCUCUGCUUUGUGUUUUAACCCUUUAAUAUGCAGGUUUACAUGCUUCCUUCUUGAAAAUGUAGGUAGCAAGAAAAGCUUACCAUCAACGCUUACAGAACUGUACCAGCAGGUGUUUUAUCAGAAAUUGCACAUGAAUACAACCAAAGCAGAUCCUGGUAAGAGGCAGGAGAAACAGAAUAUUCCAAAGCUCGGGGCGCUGGCGUGGAGAGGAGUGAAAGACCACAGCUGUCUCCUGAGCCACGAAGAUUUGUGCUCCACGGGGCUGAAGGAGUUUGGCUUGAACAGUGGGAUUCUUACACCAUAUAUUUUGAAGAGGAAGGGAGAUGAAGAAGAGUUUGGCUGUGGAUUUACAGAUUUGUUUGUGCAAAAUUUCUUGGGAGCUCUGCAUAUCACUGCAGCCAAAGAACUCAAUGAUAAGAGCCUUUUGACACAGACCAUGCUCCAGCAAAAGAAGAAGAAGCCCCAGGAUGACUGGCUGGAUGUCACACGGAGGUUUAUGGUGGGGCUGCUGUUCCAGAAGACACAGAAACAUUUGGAUUGGCUUCCUGGCAGCACCAAGAAGAGACUGGCAAAGCGAAACACUAUUGAAGCACACUUGGAGAAGCUCAGGCCGUCUGAGCUGAGCGCCAACCGCCUCCUGGAGCUGUGUCACUGCGUGUAUGAAACUGGAAGCACGAAACUCCUGAGAAACCUGGCUCAGAAACUGCCUGAAGAGCUUUCGUUUAGUGGCACCCCUCUCACCCCACCUGACGUCUUUGUUCUAAAGUACCUCCUGAAGGAAACCAAAGACAACCAGAAGAAUUUUUCCAUUGACAUACAGGAGACAGCCAUUGACCUCCCAGGACUGAGAGAGCUGGUGGGAUUAAACUGUGUAACAUCUUUCAGGGCUUCUGUUGCUGAUACCAUAAGCCUGUGGGAGUGUUUGCAGCAGACAGGGGAGAAAGACCUCUUAAAAGAUGCCGUGGCCAAGUUCACUGUUAACCCUUUCAAAGCCAGACAGCUCAGUGACGUAGAAAACCUGAACCAGCUUGUUCAGAUCUACAGACAGAAGAAGCUGCUUUUAUGUGACUCUGCUGAUUCAGAGACGAGGCCAGAUGGGGACACCUUCCAUGUUCCGGCUGUGAAUAACCUCCGGAAGCUGGAAUUUGCGCUGGGCCCAGAGAAUGGAUAUUUGGGGUUUCUAAGGCUUGUGGAGGUCCUGCCCACUCUACAGUGGCUGCAGCACUUAGACCUGGAAGGCUUGACUUGCAAUAAAAUAGGAGACAGAGGAGCAGAGAAACUGGCUGAGAUCUUGCCGUGCUUAUCAUCACUUGAGACUCUUAACCUAUCCCAGAACUGCAUUGGAGAUCAAGGGGCUGAGAAACUGGCUCAGACUCUUCCCUCUCUUCUAUCACUACGGAGCCUCAGCUUAUACAGUAAUUCAAUUGCUGAUAGUGGAGCAGAAAGCAUGGCACAGAUACUUCCAGAGAUGACGUCCCUCACAGAUCUGGAUGUGAAAUUUAACAAGAUCACAGAUGUUGGGGCCCUUAAGCUAAGUGAAAGUCUGAGGAGGUGUCCAUGGAUUAAAAGCAUUGCAAUGUGGAAUCAUUCUAUCCCACACGGAGUUCUAGAACAUUUAAAACAAAAGGAUUCUCGGAUCAACCUGCUCUAGAACAGCAAAGCUGCUGCCCAUCAGGACAACGGAAAAUGCACAGAGCAGGACAAAAGCUCCACACAAAUGCGGCACGGGAGGGCUUUUUAUUUUAAAUUUGGGGUUCUGAUGAAUACGCCAGUCUGCCGUGUGUCUGAAAUGCGGGACUCUUUUCAGAGUUUGAAUGCUAUAAACUGGCCAGCACUCUGGAGACACUGAAACCAUUAAAAGCCCUUACUACUGUAUGUGUGAAGGUGGGAUCUAUUGGUUUGAUCUUGCUGGUUUGCACUUGUCGAGUCUGCAGCCCAGUAUGACCAAGAUUCCUACAGGACUAGAGCCUAGCUGGCCAGGCAGUAGCAGGGUGAGGUGCGUUUGAAGUCAGCUGGGGUAUGUGGGCUCCAUCGCAGGCUGUGAUCUUUCCUCUUAUGAUGAUUCAGGGGUUGGAGUGGUGAGUGGCAAGUCUUCCAUGGUUGGGGAUGUUUAGAAAAAGAAAAAAUAACUGAAAAUCCAAUGCUGGAAUUGGACUGUGUUCCGCUAAAACCAUGUUACUUGUGAAUUGUUUGACGAAUGAGUUGCACUUUCUAGUCCGGUCUAAACUACAGCACUUACUUUACUGGAAAUGUAGCUAUGCCCUGCAUACAGUGUAAUAGGGUUAAUCUUGCAAGGCAUGACUAGAAAAAUGUAUUACAGUGGAAAAUGCAUCUUUCGAAGGAUGACCAAGGCUAGGAAGAGGUUUGUUUUGUAAAAAGCAAUUUCUGUUGUGGCCACAUAUUUUUAAUUACUGAAUUGCACUAGAAUUUAAAGACAAGCUUUAACAUUUCUAACACUGAAUUGUCUGCUUUUUAGAACAAAGUAUGAAUAUGCUUGAUGUAAAUACAGAUAUACACUAUAUGUACAAUAUUAAAAGUGAAACACUAUGAGAGUUGGCCUUUUUUGAAAGUCCUGACAAUACAUGGGUGAGAUCUAGUAUCUAGAUCUCUCCUAACCUCUGUGAUGUCUUGUUCCAAUACAGUAAAUGCCUUCAAACAUAGAAAUGAAAAAAAAAAGUAUAUUUUAUGCUGCUUCUGUGUUUAAUGUACCAAAAAUGUUUUCUUUUUUAUGUACCAUAGCUGUGUUUUAUACUAAGAACGUUUGGCGUUACUUCCUAAGACACUUGCACUAAACUCAACUGUGAGCUUAGCAUAUUCAGGGUGUUGUUCCUUUCCUUCAACAGCCAUACACUGUUAUCUGUGUUGGAAUUUAUGGUGAAUGAGAGUAUUAAACAAAAAACAGAGGCCUGGACCACAGCUCCUCUGUCGUGUAUAUUUUAUCUUAAAAUUUCCACUCUGCUGUGCCGGCGUGUGUCGCUCUUUGGUGAUCGCCAGAUGUGACUUUGUCACCAUCUGUUUCUGAUCACAUCAGUGAUUUUCACCACGUUCUUGAUUUAAAAAUAAAACUGCCGUGCCACCA